AUGCCGAAAGGUAUGGAGGAGGCUGAGGGGGGUGAAAAGGAUAGUGGGGGGGAGGGCAAGAGGUGCUCUGGAAGGGGCCUUAGGCUCGAGUUUGGUGGUGUCCUGAGCGGUAGCGAGGGAAUCAGCCAGAGGGUUCGCACUCGUGCUGGAAUCACUCUGGAGGAGGCUCUCGAUUGGAGUAUGCACUCCGGCUCGGAGUCGGAGAUAUCUCGGGAUAGGAGCAAGUCAAAACGCUUGUUCUCCGAGGUCUCCGACACCGAGGAUCCGGAAGACGCUGUGGAGUUGUCGGGGUUGAAGUGCUCGGCUAAGCGCGGGAGGGCUCGCGGAUCUCGACAGACGCGCCGAGGCAGUACGGAGGUUGCACGCGAAGCCGAAUUCGCUGCCGCCCUUGAUAAAAGGGCUUUUUUGAAGCCGGCGUCUGAGGUCGCCCAAGAAGCUGUCCCACCUGGUCCCCUUGACCUGGACGUGGACAAAAUGGGGGCAGAUGAGUUGGUAGAUGCUGCCGUGGCUAACCUCCAGGAGAUCCUUGGCAUUGCUGGCAGAUCCACCAACCUGAAGGGAGGGUAUGCCAGCAAAAUAAGAAAGGCUACCGGGGCUGUGAAAACAGUCCUGGAAGCGCUGGUGUCCCGUACGGAGGCAGAAGAGACACGUCGCCUCCGUGCUGAUAAUGGAAGGCUUCGGCGGGAGGUGGAAAACCUUCGUGAAGAGGUGCGCGCCUAUAGACGCGAUUUUGAGGAGGCCAAGGUGGCGGCAAAAGGCCAACCGUCGGUGCCGAACCAGAUGUCCAGCGAGCAGCUGGGCAUUUUGGAGAAAAGUGUUGCUCGGCUUGUCGGCAACAUGAUCGACAGUCGUCUUUCGUCGCUGGAGGCACGUCUGCCGCCUCCUCCGAUUAUUCGCCCGCCAUUGGCGAGUGACAGGAAGAGGGCAGCUCGAGAAGAGAGGGCUGCCCAAGCUGAUAAAGUUUCGCCGACGCCAAGGGAAGGGUCCCCGGUUUUGGCGGUGCGAUCGACCCAGGUGGCAACUGUGGCGCCCGAAAAGGCUCCGAAACCGGCUCAAAAGAGCCGUGAAGAAUUUCCGGCUCUACCAGUUCGUCCUCCGGUGCGGCAAGGACAUCCCCCAAAGGGGAAAAAGAAGGGAGGAGAUUGGUCCAGCUUUGGUCCGGUCGCCUCCAAUGGGACCCAAGUGCCUGUGGUGGUGGAGAAGUCGGCGGAGGUUGCAGCGCCAGCUCCUUCCUCGGCGCCAAAUGAGGCGUGGACUGAGGUUGUUAGGCGUAGGGCGCCGAGGAAGAAGAAGGUACAGGAUGCUCCGGUGCCCCCUGUCUCCCAAAAGAAAAAGGGGGCGAAGUUGGUCCUUCCUAAAUCCUCGGCCGUAGUUGUGAAACUGCGGCCAGAAGCGGCGGCUAAAGGGGAAACCUAUGGGUCUGUGCUCAUUCGGGCCCAACAGCAGCUGAACCUUGAGGAGCUGGGGAUUGGGCCCAUUCGGGUAAAGACGGCGGCGACAGGAGCUCGCCUCAUAGAAGUGCCAGGGCGCGCCAGUGGCGAGCAGGCGGACGCCCUUGCAAAGAAAAUGGGAGAGCUCCUGUGUGAGGUUGCAGAUGUGGUCAGGCCCGUCAUGAAAACCGAGUUUAGGUUGACGGGUCUGGACGAGACUGCCACAAAGGAGGGCAUAAGGGCGGCUAUGGCUGCUGAGGGCGGAUGCUCCCGUGGAGAAGUGUGGGUUGGCGAACCACAAUUCAAUUUUAGAGGUGUGGGCACUGUGCGGGUAUCUUGCCCUGUGGUCGCUGCCAAGCGGCUCAUAAAGCUUGGAGCGAUUCGCGUUGGCUGGAGCAGGGUGCGGCUCAUCCAUGAGGGCCACAAACCCAGGCAUUGUUACAGGUGCCUGGGUAAGGGCCACAUGUCCGGACUGUGCAGCUGCGAAAAAGACCGCAGCAACCUCUGUUAUCGCUGCGGCAAUCCGGGGCAUAAAGCUGCCGGCUGUGAGUCGUCCCUGCUACGCUGCGCAAUUUGCAGCGAUGCCGGCCUGAAGGCAGAUCACGUGAUGGGGGGGAGAGCGUGUAACCCCCCAUCAGUACGUGGGAAGAUUCCCUCCGCCCCGGCUCCAUCCGGGAGAGGGCUGGUGGCGCAUGAUGCCGAGAUGACAGAGUAA